GGGUUUCCUAUUUCAGUUUCUUGGACCACUCCAUCAAACCAUCUCUUUCUUCUCACUGUUGAUAUUCUCUCUCUCUCUCUCUCUCUCUCUCCUUUCUUCCUAUAAAUACUUCAGAUUGGGGCAAAACCACAUUCUUCACUGAAUUGCCCCGCUCUCUUUGAUUCAGUCUUUUCGGACCUUGUUCAUAUUUGGAGCAGACAAGGAUGGAGUCUCAGGUGUUGGUUGCUCUUGCUCUCUCUCUUGUCGGUGGCUUCAGUACGUCCGUGGGUGCUCUUUUUGUGAUUCUUAAUCGGGCUCCAAAUCUGAAAAUGCUUGGGCUUCUGCAGGGUUUUGCUGCAGGUCUUAUGCUGAGCAUAUCUUUCUUAGAUUUGGCUCAUAAUGCUAUGAACUCCAUUGGCUUCUUAAAGGGGAACCUUUGGUUUUUCGCAGGUGUCAUUUUCUUUGCUGUUGUCACCAAUUUCAUCCCUGAACCAACACUUGCUCCCAUUUCAGAUGAGAAAAGUAAAAAGAAAACCAAGGAUGAGGGAAGCAAGGAUGUCAUGAAAAAGCAUCGCCGCCAAGUUUUAUUUAGUGGAAUCAUCACGGCAGUAGGUAUAAGCUUGCACAACUUUCCAGAAGGAAUGGCUGUGUUCCUUGGAUCUAUGAAGGGUCUUCGUGUUGGUCUCAACUUGGCCCUGGCCAUUGCCUUGCACAACAUUCCAGAGGGUGUUGCUGUUGCCCUUCCUGUUUAUUUCGCAACACAGAGCAAAUGGAAGGCGUUCAAACUUGCAACACUUUCUGGCCUUGCUGAACCCUUGGGUGUAAUAAUUGUAGCUUAUCUAUUUCCAAGAAGCUUGAGUCCUGAAGUUCUUGAAGGUCUACUUGGAUCAGUUGGUGGAGUGAUGGCUUUCCUCACCUUGCAUGAAAUGCUGCCAUUGGCAUUUGAUUAUGCGGGCCAGAAACAAGCGAUCAAGGCUGUGUUCUUUGGAAUGGCUUUCAUGUCUGCAAGCCUAUAUUUCCUUCAAAUCAGCUUACCAGAAGAUCUGAGCUUGUAGCUAGCUCUGAGUGAGCCGGUUAGCUUUAACAAUGUUGUAAAUUCCUCUUGGUGUGUGUAUUUUUCUUCUGUGUUUGAAGGGUGGAGACAGUGGCUGACUAUUAUCGAGUGAAAAUAACUCAGCUUUGCUUAA